UCUCCGCCCCCCGCCAUGGGGGAGCCCCUGGGCUGCUGCGAGCGCGUGGCCAUCAACGUGGCCGGCCGGCGCUUCGAGACCCUCGGCCGGACCCUCCUGCGCUUCCCCGACACCCUCCUGGGGGACCCCCGGCGCCGGCGCCGCUACUUCGACCCCCAGCGCCGCGAGUUCUUCUUCGACCGCCACCGCGGGGCCUUCGGCGCCGUCCUCUACUACUACCAGUCCGGGGGGAGGCUGCGCAGGCCCCCGGACGUGCCGCUGGACGUGUUCCUGGAGGAGCUGCGGUUCUACCAGCUGGGCGACGAGGCGGAGGAGCGGCUGCGCGAGGCCGAGGGCUUCGCGGUGGAGGCGCCGCCGGCGCUGCCGCGGGGCGGGCUGAGGCGCCGGGCCUGGCUGCUGUGCGAGCACCCCGAGAGCUCGCCGGCGGCGCGCGCCGUGGCCCUGCUCUCCGUGCUCGUCAUCCUCGUCUCCAUCGUCGUCUUCUGCCUCGAGACGCUGCCGCAGUUCCGGCCCGGCGGCGGCGACGGCGGCGACGGGGACGCGCAGGUGAGGCCCCGACGGGGGGGGGGGGGGGUUGGAGGUGUCGUGCCCACCACCUCCUCCCCCUCCAACGCCACCGCCCCCUCCGCGCCCCCCCCUCACCGCCUGGCCGACCCCUUCUUCGUGGUGGAGACCGUCUGCAUCUGCUGGUUCUCGCUGGAGCUGCUGGUGCGGCUGGUGGCCAGCCCCAGCAAGGCGGCCUUCUUCCGCAGCGCCAUGAACCUCAUCGACCUGGCGGCCAUCGCCCCGUACUUCAUCGCCCUGGGCACCGAGCUGGCGGCGCAGCGCGGGCUGGGCCAGCCCGCCAUGUCGCUGGCCGUGCUGCGCGUCAUCCGCCUCGUCCGCGUCUUCCGCGUCUUCAAGCUGUCGCGCCACUCCACGGGCCUGCAGAUCCUGGGCCAGACGCUGCGGGCCAGCAUGCGCGAGCUGGGCCUGCUCAUCUUCUUCCUCCUCAUCGGCGUCGUGCUCUUCUCCAGCGCCGUCUACUUCGCCGAGGCCGAGGACGCGGCCACGGCCUUCACGUCCAUCCCGCAGGCCUUCUGGUGGGCCGUGGUCACCAUGACCACCGUGGGCUACGGCGACAUGGCGCCCGUGACGGUGGGCGGCAAGCUGGUGGGCUCGCUGUGCGCCAUCGCCGGCGUGCUCACCAUCUCCCUGCCCGUGCCCGUCAUCGUCUCCAACUUCUCCUACUUCUACCGGCGGGAGCUGCGCGGCGAGGAGACGGGGGAGGUGGUCCCCGUGGCCCCCUGCCCGCACCACCCCACGCCCCCCGACCCGCCCGGGGACCCCAAGGAGGGUGGGGGGCGCGGGGAGGGCUGGGGGGUGGACGGGGAGGCCGGAGGGGAGAAGGGCUGGGGGGGCAGGUUGGUCACCGAGGUGUGA